CACACUGAGCUUUUUCUGGCCCCUCUGUUUCUCCAUCCUGUUCCAUGCACCUGAACUGGGGGUGGUGACUGUGAUGUUCUUUGGUUCCAUGGUUGUCAGGGCCAGUCUGUGGUUGCUGCACCCUGGGGAGCUGCUCAUGCCCUGCUCAAGCAGGGCUGGAGGAAACAGCAAAAAAAUGAUGCUGCCCUUCGGCACCCAUCGAGCGUGGGUCUCCAUGGUCCUGCUCCUGCUUGGUGGUGUCCACUCACUUCUUGCAGCACCGACUGAGCCUGGUUCAGAACAGAGUGCAGAGGCAGCCAGCAAACCUAACAUGACAAUGGAAGGUGUAUUCGUAUCUUUCUUAAGCUUCUUCAGACCAAUGACUUGCCGCCUCAGCAAUCAGCGACUCUUAACUCCUUGUCCUGUAGAAGGCCUGAACAUGUCUGAAUGCUCAAAAAUUCACUGCUGUCCUUUCAGAAUUGGCCGGGAGGAGCAGUGCUACAUGCCAGUGAGAGAUGAUGUGCAGCUGGCCAUUCGAGUGGUUUUGCUUACUGGAGGAGGAUUUUUGAUUUUGGGAUUUCUACCAAUCUGCUGCUGUGCCUUUUUGCAGAGAAGUCCGUGUAUCAAUCCUUUACAAAAGAUAAGCAAAGAAGUACAGAAAAUUGCAUGGGAAAAAAGAGUUGGUGUUAAAAAGAUUCAUGAUGAAGAGAUUCAUCGCCACUUACUGGACUGACUUAAAGAACCAAAAGGACAAAAAAAGAAGGAAGAUCCACCUGAUCCUGAAGAUCAAGCAGAAGACAUCAGGAUUGUUUGGCUAUCUCCUAGAAAAGGACACAUUUUAUUUUAACAUUGAAGUAAUGCAAAGUUGUUAACCCUUGAUAAUACUAUUGAUUUUUCAGUAGAAGUUUUUUUCAUUCUGGUUUCUUGCACUCAUUCCAUACCUCCUGUACAAAAAAAAGAACUGGUAACACUGCAAGGCAAACUGCUCAUGGCAACCCCUGAACAGUAAAGUCAGUGUGUUCUUUUCAUACAGUAGCAUCCCUGUGGAGGGAUAUAAAUACAGCAGUUAUGUGUCCAUCUCAACUUAGGGGUCAGUCUUAGAAACAGAUCAAGGGAGUGUUGUCACUCAUUAAAUUGGUAUUGAGAGGAAGCUUGCUCUGGUUCCAUACUGGAUGUCCCCAUAGCACAGUAGUGCUGAGGAGAACAGCUAAUUCUUUACCAGGCUACAGAGGAUUUGGGAAAUCUGUUGUUGGGCAAUUGCCUUAAAGAUAUGCUCAGCAAAAAUAUAGAGUACUUAAGGAAACUACAAGAGCUUUGUCUCAGAGUUGUUCUCUCCGCUGGGUAUUGCUGCACCACACAACUCUUUUUGAUCUUAGGAUGACCUGUCUCCUGAACUAGGUGAUUACAAAAUGCAAUUUCUUUCCAUUUCUCUGUAGCGUAACAAAAAUAAAAGAAACAAAUGUGUAACACUUUUUGACAGCUGAGUGCAGAGUGAGCACCUAAAAGAAUGUCAGUAGAAGUCAGUAUCACCCAUUAUAACAAUCACUUGUCAUAUUUCUUUGGGGCUGUGCAGUCCAUGCAGCAGAAUUUCCAAGACCUACAACUUGGAAUGGAAUGGCAGGAAUGGAGCUUCGGUCCUAAGCUGGAGAGUAAAUAUUAUGAGUGAUUCUUUGAAACUCUGUACAUUCAGAAUUCCCUGUUUAAAACAUUUUUCUUGAUUUCCUAAGUCCUAAAAAGGGAUCUCUUAAAAUCCAAGUGUAAUGUGGGUGGAAUAUGCAUGCAGGAGAUCUCAUGAAGUUGUUGGAGUGCUUGCUGACAAUCAGAUGUAACUAUAUGCAGGAGAUUAAAGGCUGACAUUGCAACCAUU